UGUGGACGGCUUUGAUGAAAUAAAAUCUGUGAGAAGUUUGAUGGCGUCAAAUUUUGAAAGUUGGUUCAGUAGUUGUUCGGCAUUCAGAUGUUGUUGUAUUUACUUUGUGUUUUCGUAGCCUUCGGUUGAUAUGGCUUUGGUUAACGAGCAUACGGGUAAUCCUACAACACCACAGUCUCAAACUCAUGGCAUAAAUAAAUCGCUCCUUACUCCUUGCAGACGUGUAGGCCUCAAAAGAAAAUCUCCCACUGUUUCUCCCAGUUGUUCUUUUGUAAGUACACCUGAUAAAAAUGAGGGAAGUGAUGAAUUACUGUCAAAGGCGAAAUGGGUGACACCAAACAGUUUCAAAUCUGCAGAAACCCCGAAGAGAGACGUGAAGUCCACAGAAACGCCGAAAAGAGGUGAAGGCCCACAUAAAACUGUUAUAAGCAAAAAAGAGCAUCGUGUGAGGCGGAGAGGCACGCAGGCGCAACUGCGAGACGCAGUUGAAAAUGAAACCGUAAGCCCAGACGUAGAUAACCGUUGUUCGCAAACUGAUGUUACAGAGAUUGCAAACAGUACGAGUGUUGAUACUGAUUUCGAAAUAGUUUACGAUCAGAAAACACUGGCCGAUUUAGAAAGAAAUGUAGCCGCGAAAGAGGAUAAAGUGCAGUCGCUGAGAGUUGCUCAGCUCUAUCGGAAAAAGCAUGAUUUGACAAAGCUAAGGGAAUCCAUCUGUAAAUGGAAAGCUGGAUGUCAGAGUGCUCUUCAGGAUUUAUUAGAAAUGACACAUGAACAAGGACAUAAAGUAACUAUGAUGCAGCUGUUGUCACAUCUUGGAAUACCACCUACUUUGAUAGGAUAUGAACCCGAACAGGAUGAAUUUACAUGAAAGCAUCAGUAAAGUAUAAUGUAUUACACAGGGGAGCCUAUACAUUUGUAAUCUUUGUAAAUAUGAUAGUUUAAUUGUUCAGCGUAAGUAAUUAUGUUGCCAAUUAUAAAUAUGUAUUUUGAAGGAUAACUACCUUAUUUUAUGUAUGAAUAUGAAGGAAAAAAGAAAAAUACAAUUGAAAUUAUUCUUA